AUGCCAAUCACAGCCUUCUUGAAUGACAGCGGAGGAGGCCACGAGGUGGCAGAGGUAAUUGCCAGCUGCUAUCUCGUGCUAGUACUGAGUUACGACUUGAUUGGACGAACUCGUCAUGCUGGGGGUUUGAAGACAUUGAGCUACGUGGACUAG